AUACUUUUCUCUCUAUCUACCUGUACAUACAGGGCUAUUAAGCAAUACAGUUGAAUGUAGAGAGAGAAAGUGGAGGUGGUGGUUUUGGUUUUGAAAAAUGGAGGCGGCAAUGGGGUUGAUGAGAAGAAUUCCGCCCAAGCAUACCGAAACGGCGCUUUCUGCACUGCUCAGCCUAUUGCCUCACCAUUCCUCCGAUCUCCUUUCUCAGGUCGAUCAGCCUCUCCAGGUAUUUGGUGCUUCUCUAUUGCUGGGCUUUAUAUUCAUCUAGAACAAAUGCUAAUCAUUUACUCGGAAAGACAGGUUUUAUGUGAUGUGGACUGUGGGAAAGAGUUCAUAUUGUGUGAAUACAACAGAGAUGCUGACUCUUACAGGUCGCCCUGGUCAAAUAAAUAUCAUCCACCACUAGAAGAUGGACCUCAUCCAUCACCAGAAUUGAGAAAACUUGAGAUUGAAGCAAAUGAAGUUUUUGCUAUCUAUCGUGAGCAGUACUAUGAAGGUGGAAUUUCAUCCGUAUAUCUAUGGGAAGAUGAAAAUGAAGGGUUUGUAGCUUGUUUCUUAAUAAAGAAAGAUGGCUCGAAGACUGCACAUGGUAAAAGAGGUUACCUGCAGGAAGGAGCUUGGGAUGCCAUACACGUUAUUGAGGUGGGUCCCGAGGAAGAAGGAAAAGCCCAUUACUGUUUGACAAGUACAGUUAUGUUGUCAUUGACCACAAAUGAUGAGUCAUCAGGCACCUUUAAUUUGUCCGGAUCAAUUAGAAGACAGAUGAACAUGGACCUCUCAGUUGCAGAAGGUCAUUUAUGCAACAUGGGAAAAAUGAUUGAAGAAAUGGAGGGAAAACUUAGAAACUCUCUGGAUCAGGUUUAUUUUGGGAAAACAAAAGAAAUGGUUUGUACCCUGCGGCCUCCAGCUGAACUGGUGCAGAUGAGACUCCCUGAUAGCUGAGAUUCUUUUCUGCCUCUGUUAUAUGUGCUUUUAAGCACAUGGAUUUUCUUCAUCUGUACCAAUAGUUUGACACUACCCUAUAAAUUUAUUGUCUUCCACCAAUUCUAGUAAACCAUUUCGCCCUCAUUUUUCUCUAUAAAAGUAGUAGGUAGUAGGUCACUCUUGUGAUUAAUCAUGGCGUAAAUCUGCGGUUAUUUGAGGAAGAGAAGUUUGUUUACCGUCAAAUAGAUUUUCUGACCUUGAUUCUAGAGUAUAACAUACUUCAUUGAAUAUGUCCAUUUGUUUACUCAUCUAUUUAUUGGAAAUUUGGCGGGGCGAUCCUUAGUACUUC